AUGACGUCGACCGAGGACAUUGACAGCACCAUCACCCGCCCCGGCAGCGUCAAGAUCAACGUCACGGGCGCCUUCAUCGUCGACCCGGACGCCUCAACGCCGACGCAGGCCAGCGACAAUGGAAGAGUCAGCCCGUCGCAUCACGAGACGAGCGACAUUCGGCUGCCAAACCACACGGCCGUCGUGAGCCAUAUUGCAGUAGAUAUUGGCGGCUCUCUGGUCAAGCUCGUCUACUUUUCCCGCGAGGUCGAUUCCACAGACCCCGGAGGUCGCCUCAACUUCCAAUACUUCGAGACGGAUCGCAUCGACGAUUGCAUCCAGUUCAUGAAGCUGCUGCGCGACAAGCACAAGGCGCUCAACGGGUCCCGAUCGCAGGAGCUGUGCGUCAUGGCUACCGGCGGCGGCGCAUACAAGUUCUACGACCGGAUCCGGGAGGAAUUGGAGGUCGAGGUCUUGCGAGAAGACGAAAUGGAAUGCCUCAUAGUUGGGCUUGACUUCUUCAUCACAGAAAUUCCCCGCGAAGUCUUCACUUACUCCGAAGCAGACCCCAUGCACUUUGUCAGUCCUCGCGAAGUCAUCUACCCGUAUCUGCUCGUCAACAUUGGCUCCGGUGUUUCGAUGCUCAAGGUCACGGGGCCCCGGUCCUUCCAACGAGUCGGCGGCACGUCGCUCGGCGGCGGCACCCUCUGGGGGCUUCUCUCCCUCUUGACCGGCGCGCGGUCAUUCGACGAAAUGCUGGCCGAGGCUGAGCACGGCGACAACACCAAGGUGGACAUGAUGGUGGGAGACAUCUACGGUGCCGACUACAGCAAGAUUGGGCUCAAGAGCACGGCCAUUGCCUCGUCCUUUGGCAAGGUAUUCCGCAUGAAGCUGCAGAACGAGGCCUCGCAAGCUGCUGCCGCAGCGGCGGGCGAUGCGGGGCACGACGAUACCCAGCACAGCCAUUCCUUCUCCUCGGCCGACAUUUCGAGAUCGCUGCUGUACGCCGUGUCCAACAACAUUGGCCAAAUCGCCUAUCUGCAGUCUCAGAUCCACAACCUCUCCGACAUUUACUUUGGCGGCUCCUUCAUCCGGGGCCACCGCCAGACGAUGAACACGCUGAGCUACGCCAUCAAGUUCUGGAGCAAGGGCGAGAAGCAGGCGUACUUCCUGCGGCACGAAGGUUACCUGGGCGCUGUCGGCGCCUUUCUCAAGAGGCAGCCCGCGAACUGGGGUCGCAGAGCGAGCCUCGAGGGUGCCGACGAUAUCCAGGAAUGGCGAAGGUCGCUGAGGACUGGAUCCAGGGAUGAGAGUACGACCAAGGAAUAG